UCGUACCAAUACAGCGCGGUCGAAAGAACUACGCAAGUGUCAUCUGUCAGCCGUCAAAUCAUUUUACAUAACAUCAAAUUUUCGAAAAAUCUGGCCAAAAAUGGCAAAUUUGGUUCGUAUCGGGGUGCGUUUGGCCAACAAGAGUUUGUUUGCAAAGACGGAAGUCACGUCCGUGCGAUUUAUCAGUGGCAAAUUGCUGCGAGGUCAGGAUGACAGGCCCCCGAAACCAGCCCCUUGGAACUACAAGGAGAAGUCUUACACGAUUUUGAAUUACUGGACCGACCGGACAACAUCACGACUUGACGAAAACUCAAAGAUCGUGGUGGUUGAGGGGCCUGUGGCCGCUGGCAAGUCGAAGUUCGCCAAGGAAUUGGCCGAGGAGUUGGACAUGUUGUACAUGCCUGAAGCCAACUUGGACAUGGUCUACAUCAAUGACUAUGGCUACGAUUUGCGGCAGUUGGAUGAACAGUUGCCAGAAUCGUGCCGGAGUUUCGAUGUUAAAGACUUUUUGCGGACGCCCAAGCACCGGAACACUGCUACGUUCCAGCUCAUGCAGUACAAUACGAAAUAUUCGCAAUAUAUCGACGCCUUGGCGCACGUCUUGAGCACCGGGCAAGGCGUCGUUCUUGACAGGUGUUGCUACUCAGACUUUGUGUUUGUUGAGGCAAUGUUCAGUCAAGGGUAUUUGUCUAAGGCUGCCUAUAAAGGCUACUACGAAGUCCGCCAGAACACAAUCAAUGAGCUCCUGCGCCCGCAUUUAUUAAUCUAUCUGGACGUUCCCGUCAAUAAAGUCCAGGAGAAUAUCAAGAAACGUGCCCUACCUUUCGAAAAAAACACGCAAGUGUUGACGCCGCAAUAUUUAUCAGUCAUGGAAAAAAAUUACAAACAGAAAUAUCUCAAAGAGUUGAGCAAGCACGCUGAACUUUUGAUUUACGAUUGGUCUGAAGGGGGCGAGGUUGAAAUUGUCGUGGAGGAUAUUGAGCGCAUUGACUUCGACAAUUACGAUAUUCAUGACCCCAAGUGUAAAGACUGGAGGAGACACACUGAAGAAGAUUGGGGCGCACUAAGAAAUAAGUAUGCUGAUCACAAGAAUGAUUUGAUGAAUUAUUUCAAUGUCCCACUUCAUCACGUACCGGAAAUGGUGAUUGAUGCUGAAGAUGCUAAAGUUUAUCACGAUAUUAUGAAUAAUGCACCUGGAGAGGUUUACCAGCGUGGGUUUAAUACCGAUAUGGGUGAUACGGGGGUACUUUUCAAGAUAUCGCUGCCCCACCGUGACACACUGCCUUUGAGAGAGAGGAAUUUAGCGAAAUAAUUGUUAAAUAUUUAAUUUGAGGAGAUAAAUAAAAUUGUUUUUAAGUA